AUGAGGCUGGUUGCAUGCAAUGUGCCAGCGUUGGACGGGCCGGAUAACCCGUACCGUCAUUUAUCUUUCGCAGCUCUGUCCUCACCUAUAUUGCUUGAGACAAUUGUAUGCAUAGCCACUGAGCAUAUGCUUAACUUUGGCAUGGGAAGUGUCUCCCUUGCCGCCCAACGCCAGCAGCGAAUGCUUCGCACAUUAGGCCAAAAUCUUCAGCUGAUAGGCCGUCCAAAUACGACUGAAACAAGAAGCAUCGCGCCGAGGAACAUAACACACUCGGAUCAAGAAGCCUUGCUCACAGCAGUUGUGUUACAGGGAGUUGUUGUUGCCCAGUCGAAGGAUGGUGUUUUAGAGCCUCAUGUGCGAUGUGCGUCGUUUCUCAUGGAGACAUUGGACUACUUCCGACACAUACCGUUCACUGAUAUUAUGCGGAUGACCGUGCAGCGAUAUGCUAUGGUUGAUCUUAUGCUAGCUUUCUCCAGACAACGACGUCCUUAUGCGCCACGGAACUUCUUGCUACAUCAUCCCGACUCCGAAAAAUGGGAUCAUUCAGAGCCGUCUUUCCAUAAAAUGACUGGCUGCCCCCAGCCAUUAAUGUGCUUCUUGGUGCGGAUCGCACAUCUUGCCUGCGACGUGGAAAAAUGUAUAGAUGAGAACAGUUCAAUAGAUAGCCAGUUAAGCGAUGCGUAUCAACUGGAAAGUGAACUCCGUGCGUGGGGAUCACACUACCCAGCGGUUCUUCCAGACGACUGCACACGCCCACCCUUGGACAUUUUGACGGAGUGUUUCUACUGGACCUCUCACCUUUUACUUGCACGUCGCGUCUUCCGUGAUCCAACCUGUUCUCCACGUGUUCAGCAUUUAGCACAUACUUGCUUUGGACUGAUGGAUCAGUUAUCAACGGGAUGCGGCCCUGAUUCAUCUCUUCCGCAGCCCUUUUACCUCGCUGCGCGGGAGGCAGUCACCCACAAAGAUCGGGAAUGGGCCCGAAACAAGCACGAGUCUAUGACGGCGUAUUAUCGAGAACAACAAAGGAAUAUGGCGAUGCACUUGACGGAGCAAGUAUGGGAAAUUACGGAUCGGGCUAAGAACAUUAGUCUGGCUGGGUUGCAUACGGACUUGGCUGUUUCGCAUGCAGACGAGCAGAUCAAGAUGCUCGAUGAGCAGUCUUGUCUCUUCAUUUUUUGA